AUGUCAGCUGUCUCCCUCGGUGGAAGCCUAGUGUACUCGACCUGUACCCUGUCACCGGCUCAAAACGAGGCCAUCAUUCAGUUGGCACUCUCAAAGCAAAAUUCCGAUCCAGCCAACAUUUCUGAGACCCUCUUUCGUUUAGUGGACUUAACCGAUUGGGCUAAUCUAUUGGCCAGCGCUUUGCCUUCACUACCGGCCAACUCCUCCAGCCCGUCCGUUUCCGCUGGAAGCUCUCUCACUGGCCUUCGUUUAAUGACAAUCCACGCCGAUGGGUCUCGGCGCCCCGUACCUCGAUCCGAAUCCGUUAGUUCAGCAGACUCGACGGAUCCGGCAGUUGGCAUCCUGUUGCUUCCUUCUGUGGCAGCCAACUUCGGCCCCACUUUUAUAGCCAAAAUGCAGCGCAUACGAUGA